UCGUAAAAUUUUUACUACAUUUCGAAUGUCCAGAAACCUCUCGCCCUUUACUUUUAACCCACGUAGCCGUUUAACUCAAAAUCACUCGACACCUGUUGCCCAAUGUGCCACCUUCUCAAAUCUUCCAACACAAAUUUUGAUGCAUCCCAGAAAAGGCACAGACCUUUUCAGUCUCAAUAUAAUUUGUUAAUUGGCAAGAUCAGGCCAUAAAUUUUAAACAGCUUCAAAGAGGGAAAUUUUUAGUUCUCUGCUGAAGUUUGAUUCUCUGAGAAGGAAGCUAAGAAAAAUAUGGCACCUAAGACACGUUCAGGCAAGUUGUUUGGCACAGUGGUGACUAAAAAAGUUAUAGAAGAAACCGUGCAAGUAGUAGUAGCGGUUGUUGCUUCAUCCACGAAAGAGAAUGAGAAAAUUGAAGUUAUCUCUUCACCUCUGAAAGAGCCUGUUCGGAGGACCAUUGUUGUUGAAGACAGAGCAAAAGGAGCAGAACAAGAAGAGCAGCAGCCAGCUCAGGAGCAGCAGCAAAAGGGUCAAGAAGCUGUCCCUAAAGACCUAGAAGAGCAGGAAAAGGCCCAUGAAGCUGUCCCGAAGGGCCAAGAAAAGCAGCAAGGAGAUGAUCAAGAUGAAACUCAACAAGCCUCAGAGCCUGAGACUCCUCCCACCCCACCACCAUAUUAUGAAGCAGCGCCUAACAUAGAGCAGCAAAGGGAUGAUCAAGAACGUCAGCCAAGGCAGGAAGAUGUAGGUGUCGGUGAAGAAGAGCUGCAGGAGGAUGAACAACAAGAGUUACUGAAGGAAGAUGUUGAUGUAGGUGAAGAAGAGCUGCAGGAGGAUGAUAAAGAUGUAGAUGAACAAGAGCUGCAGAAGGAAGAAGUAGGUGUAGGUGAAGAAGAGCUGCACAUGGAAGAUGAAGAAGCAGAUGUAGAUAAAGAUGCAGUAGAGCUGCAGAAGAUAGAUAAAGAUGUAGAUGAAGGAGAGGAAGAGAAGAGAGACAGACAAGAAGAAAUAUUUGUAUCAGCCUCAGAAUCAGAGAUCACCACUAUUCCUACUCCACCACCACAAUCUGAAGCCCCAUCAAAUAAGGAACAAGAGCAGCAGCAGCAAGGAGAUGAAGAAGAAAUGCAGCCAGAUGUGGCUUUAGCUCCAACACCACCAGCAAGAGAGCGAACCAAGAAAAGGAAGACAAGCCCAGGUAUAGAAGAUAGUGCUAAUGGGAAAAAGGAGAAGAAGGCUGCUGCUACCCAGAGGAGGAGGAAGAGAGCCAAAAUGGGGAGUGAUGGGGGUACUAGUGUGGGAUACAAAAGACACGUGUUUAGGGUGAUGAAGCAAGUUCAUCCUGAAUGUGCUAUAUCAUCAAAGGCUAUGACCAUUGUUAAUAAUCUGAUGAGUGACAUGUUUGAGAGGAUUGCUGAGGAGGCUUCAAGGCUUUCUAGGUACAGUGGGAAGAGGACCCUCUCAUCAUGGGAAAUCCAGGAUGCUGUGAAGUUGGUUUUGCCUGGUGAACUUGGGAAGCAUGCAAUUGCUGAGGGUUCUAAGGCUGUUAGAACUUAUGCCUCCAGUGUCAGUGGGCAGUCCAAGAAAUCAAAGUCCUAGGGCCAACUAGUUAGUUGCAUUUUCCACAUUAAAUUGCCUUAGUUUGUGUUUAAUUUGAAUUCUAGGAGGAUUUAUAGUUAUGUAAAUUAGGUUAGGAUCUGACAAGGGAUACAUGUACAACAUGCAAUGUGCCUUUUUUUGCUGUCAUCUGAAGCAUGUUAUAUUGCCAAAUUUUGUGAACAUGAAGCAUGUUACAUGCAAUCUGGCUGUUGCCCGUUGGUUCGCUGGAUGCAAUAUGAAGUUUUAGUUUAUGCAUUCUGUUGAUUUGGUUUAUGG